AUGACCGCUGCUAUCCAAGAAGAUGUCCUUACAAAGGUGUCGACAGACGCUACCACAAAUUUCGUUCAAUCUUAUUAUUCCGCCCUUGAUAACGCCCGACAAACGCUGUCUACUUUCUACGCCCCAACAGUAACCAAUAUUCUAUUUAACGGCAACAUCGUAGCCGAUGGUGCUUCCGUUCAGGAUAUAUUCGUCAACCAGUUGCCACCUACGCAUUACGAAGUCCAGUCAUAUGAUUGUCAGGUUUUGAACCAAAAUUACCCUACGAUCCCACCCGCGACAACUGAUAACACAGCCAGUCCAUUUGGAGCCAAUACAAAUCGAAAUACCCCAGAUCCAGCGAAAAAUAUGUCAAUACUGGUUCUCGUGAGUGGCUAUGUAAAAUUUGGAGAAGGAAAGGAAACGUGGGAUUCGCCGAAUAGAGGGUUUAGCGAGACUUUUGUCCUCAUUCCAAACCCGCAAGCAUCCAGUGGACCGAAAGCACGGGGCAAGCAGUGGUUGAUACAGAGCCAAAAUUUCAGGAUUGUCGUUUGA